UAAGACAGCAAGAGUCCUCCUUAAGACAGCUCCAUAUACCAGUGGCUUGAAUUAAUAUAUCAAGUAUUGAUAGCAAGAACAUGAAACCGUUCCAGCCACUAUAGACCUGCCGCCUAUAGAACAGAUCUGUAAGAAAAGAUUAACCAGAGUUUUUGAUAUGGAGGAUAUAUACUGGCCAGGUUUCUGUGGAAAUGGCUCAAGAUACACAGCUUUCUGGAGUUGGAGUCUGACAGUAAACACCAGUAAUCCUGACGUCACACAAUGUUUCCAGGACACAGUGUUUGUGUGGGUGUCCUGUGGGAUUUUCUGGUUGUUUGCCCUCUUUUUUAUCCCAGUUUUAUCAUCCAAGCCCACCGUACAUAGGAUGCGUGACGCCGGGAAAUUGAACCUUGCUAAAAUGAUCCUCAGCAUUUUGCUAUGUUUGACCUCCAUUCUGGAUUUGUUGAAGUCCUUCAGUGAGAUACCAACACAUCAAACACCACCAGCCGCCUUCGUCGCACCUGCCAUAUACGCUUUCACAUUUGGAAUGUCAUCGUUUGUGAUCACGUACGAGUUUAAGAAAGGAGAGGUGUCCUCAGCCAUGUUGUUCAUCUUCUGGUCCAUACUUCUCCUACUAGGGGGUGUGUCACUAAGAUCUAAAAUAAUACAGGUGCAAAUUCAGGAUCUAGACAGCAUGUUCCGCGUGGUGACGUUCUGCGUUCAUUACACUUGUAUCGUGCUUGAGUUCAUUUUGCACCUGUGGGCGGAUGCCAAAGCGCUGCCAGAAAGCACACCUGACUGGGGAGAGUUGUCCGAAAAACAACCGAUAUUGAUAAAAGCUAAACCCCCAACAAAAUCCAGUGGCAACAGGGAAAUUUCACCAGAGAUAAGGUCUUCUUUCCUAUCCAGAAUUUUAUACUGGUGGAUAACAAAACUUGUAAUCAAGGGAUACAAGCAGGCUCUGGUGUUUGCUGAUAUGUACGGACUGCUUCCUGAAGAUUCGUGUGACGUCAUCCUUCCAAAGUUUCUCGGAGAAUGGAGAAAAGAGAAAGUGAAAAUGAAUAAUUCGGCCGUCCGUUUCUCCGCAAGUCACGACUGCAGUGGCACUCCCAAUGGAUACCAGAGCCACCAGAUGGGGAACGGGAUCCCUUCUGCCAAGACAACCCUAACUGAUACGCUGCACGUGGAGACAAUUGCGUCCACACAAGGACAACCUAGUUUGCUUAUGGCUCUACUACGAACGUUUGGACCUUACUACGCUAUGGCCGCACUACUCCGACUCCUGUUUGAUGCAGUCACAUUCGUCAAUCCAAUGCUGUUAAGUCUGAUGAUUACCUUCGUAGAAACUGGCGACCCGCUCACGUGGCGGGGUUACUUGUUGGCCGUGGUGAUGUUCUUAGUCAGCAUGAUCCGCUCUCUGCUCAAUCAAAACUACAUGCGAAUUUGCUUGAGAGUUGGGCUGAGGGCACGCACGGCCAUCAUAGCAACUGUGUAUAGGAAGUCACUGAAAUUAAGCAGCGCUGCAAGGAAGAAAUCAACAGUCGGGGAGAUUGUUAACUUAAUGUCAGUGGACGCCCAGAAGAUGCAGGAAUCGCCCAUCUUCUUACACUUGAUUUGGUCUUCGGCCAUAGCAAUCAUCGUUGCUCUAGUGCUGCUUUGGGAAUAUCUAGGUGUGGCUACAUUGGCGGGUCUUGUUGUCAUCAUACUUCUCAUACCGUUGAAUGCUUACGCCGGUACACAGAUAAGGGCGCAUCAAGUUACACAGAUGUCUCUGAAAGACCAAAGGUUGAAAGUUCUCAAUGAAGUAUUAAACGCUAUAAAGAUUUUGAAGUUGUACGCUUGGGAAGAGUCAUUUCAAAGCAAAGUCACAGGUAUUCGUGACACGGAGCUUGUUUCUUUGAGAAACGUACAGAUUGCCAAUGCUUUCACAUCCAUCAUUUGGUUCUGUGCGCCUUUGCUGAUGGCGUUGGCCAGUUUCGCAACAUUUGUUCUCUCAGAUCCCAACAACGUUCUUGACCCAAACACAGCGUUUGUGUCUUUGUCCCUAUUCACCAUUGUCAACAGUUAUGUGAGCGCCGUCCCCAUAUCUAUAAUGUACCUGGUACAGGCUGGUGUCUCCAUAGGGCGUCUGAAUAGAUUCCUCAAAGAAGAAGAACUGGAUACUAGCGUGGUCGAUAGAACCUCGUCAGCUAAUGGCACCAUAUCUGUGACGGAUGGCACUUUCAGCUGGGACAGAGAUGAGCCGACGACACUGCAACAUAUAAAUAUUGAAAUCCCCCCUGGCUCUCUGGUGGCUGUGGUGGGCCAGGUUGGAAGUGGGAAAUCCUCUCUAUUAAAUGCUCUGCUAGGAGACAUGGAGCGUAUAUCAGGAAAAAUUAAUGUAAAGGGUUCAGUGGCCUAUGUUCCACAGCAAGCAUGGAUACAAAACAAAACUGUCAAAGAAAAUAUUCUGUUUGGAAAACAGUGGAACCAGUCCUUUUACAAGAAGUGUCUUCGAACAUGCGCUUUAGAACAGGAUUUAAAAAUCCUCCCCGCUGGAGACCAAACAGAAAUAGGAGAAAAGGGUGUAAACUUAAGUGGUGGUCAGAAGCAGCGAGUGAGUUUGGCCAGAGCGGUGUACCAGGAUUGUGACGUGUACCUCAUGGACGACCCUCUUAGCGCAGUAGACAGCCAUGUUGGGAAACACAUCUUUGAUCACGUGAUUGGGCCGGAAGGGCUGUUGCAAGGAAAGACGAGAAUUUUGACCACAAACGGCAUCAGCUUCUUGCCAAAGGUGGACGCCAUCAUAGUAUUGACCAAGGGAGUAAUAUCAGAGAUAGGCACUUAUCAAGAAUUGCUGAGUCAUAAUGGUGCCUUCGCUGAAUUCAUAAAGAACUACUUGAACGAGAAAGAGUCUGAAAGCGAGAGUGAGGAAGAAGAGGAUAUGCGAUCGCAGCUAAGACGACAGAUAUCGGUUUUGUCGGGUUCAGAAAGUGGGAGCGAGCAGGACCACCAUGUCCGGAAGCGGAAAAGACAAAUCAGCAGGCAGACCAGUAAGCAGACUAGCAGGCAGACCUCGUUUGGCGAAUCGACACAUGCGCAGGAGGUUAUGAAGAUUGGGGAACAGUUGAUUGAAGAGGAGUACGCUGAAAGGGGAACGGUAAAGUACACUCAUAUGCUGAGUUAUAUUCGGGCCAGUGGACUUAGGGCUAUCCUCAUGGUAACGAUCGGAUAUAUUGGCUUCGUAUCUUGUCUGAUUGGUGCUAAUAUCUGGCUGAACUUGUGGAGCAAUGACCAAGUUGUUAAUGGCACCCAGCAGCUUACUGAUCUCAGGCUAGGAGUAUAUGGGGGACUAGGGGCUGGACAGUUGUCAUAUAUCGUCGUUCAGUAUUUUGGGAUCGCUUUUGGAUGUGUGAUUGCUUCAGGCACCAUACACAAGUCUUUCCUGGAGAGAAUCAUGCGGGCACCAAUGUCUUUCUUUGACACGACGCCUCUUGGUCGCAUCAUGAACCGUUUCUCCAAGGACAUGGAAACUGUAGAUCUCAACCUCCCACACACAGUGGAAAUUAUCCUGGCGGCGAGUGCCCAGGUUAUCGCAGUUGUCGCCGUUGUCAUGUACAGCACGCCUAUUUUUGCUGUAGUCUUACUGCCGUUAGGUGUUCUCUACUUUAUGACACAGAAAUUAUACCUGUCAUCUGCUAGACAGUUUAUACGGAUUGAUGCUACAAAGAGAUCCCCAAUAUAUUCCCAUUUUGGUGAGACUCUAAUUGGAGCGAGUUCCAUCCGAGCUUAUCAACAACAGGAAAGAUUCAUGCAGCUCACCGACAAAAUGAUUGACGACAAUCAGAUGGCCUGGUACGGAUAUAUUAUGUCAAAUCGGUGGUGCGGCGUUUUAAUGGAAACAUACGGGUGUUUUGUCAUCCUGUUUGCCGCCAUAUUUGCUGUCCUGGCAACUGGAUCUGGAAGUAUCACUGGAGGAGACGCCGGGAUGUCCAUCUCUCUGUCGCUUAAUGUAACUCAAAUGCUGAAUUACCUUGUCAGAGCAAGUUGUGACUUUGAAAUUCAAGUAGUCGCUAUAGAAAGGAUCCAGGAGUAUUCAGCAGUUGAAGUUGAGGCCCCUUGGGACAUUGAUCACCGCCGUCCACCCCCAGAGUGGCCACAGAAAGGAGAGGUCCAGUUUGACCAGUACAGUGUCCGUUACCGACCUGGACUGGACCUUGUGCUUAAGAAUGUCACAUUCCAAGUUGAGCCUGGAGAGAAGGUUGGCAUCGUUGGACGCACAGGCGCAGGGAAAUCUUCUCUUACCUUGGCUCUGUUUAGAAUAAUAGAAUCAGCAGCAGGUAGCAUCACGAUAGAUGGCGUUAAGAUCGCUGACAUUGGAUUACACCAACUGCGGUCAAAAAUCACAAUCAUCCCACAGGAACCUGAACUUUUCUCUGGGACACUUAGGUCGAACUUAGACCCGUUUGGUUUGUACUCUGAUCAGGAUGUAUGGAACGCACUUGAGCAUGCGCACUUGAAAGGCUUUGUGGCUACUUUGCCUGCAAGGCUGCAGCAUGAAAUAUCUGAGGCCGGAGAAAAUUUAAGUGUUGGACAGCGCCAGUUAGUGUGUCUCGCAAGGGCUCUUCUUCGGAAGACAAAAAUCCUUGUUUUAGAUGAAGCAACUGCCGCCGUUGAUAUGGAGACGGAUGACCUUAUCCAAUCCACGAUUAGGUCAGAGUUCAAAGAGUGCACGGUUGUAACUAUAGCACACAGGCUGAAUACAAUCAUGGACUAUGACAGGGUCCUAGUGCUGGACAAGGGUACCAUUAAGGAGUUUCAGCCACCUAGUGUGUUACUUCAGGACAAGAGGAGCACGUUCUAUGGAAUGGCAAAGGACGCGGGAUUGGUCUAACCCGGAUAUUAAUAUACUUAUACUGUACACUUUAUAGUUGAAGAAUUCUUGAGUUGUUUUCCCUAACGGACACCAAUGUAUAAAGUGAAUGAAUAUUUGUGAAAAGGGUGUAUCAUUGAAGAAAUAACGUUCCUUACCUCAUACUGUGUACCUUACACCAGUAGUGCAUUUAGAGACGGGCAAUAAUGCAUCCCACGUAAUUUUAUUAAUCCUGUUCUGAUUGUUUAAGAUAAUAAUAUUCCGCAUACAGCCAUUGAGUAAUGACUUUAGAAAACAGCAUGCAUAAUGGGACGUCUGAAUUUUCCAUUAAUACAGUAUAAUAUCAUGUUAUAUGUUCCCUGACAAAAAAUAAGGUCUAUUA